AUGGAAGGUGACAAUUCCUCCAAGAUGGACACCCAGAACACCCUCCGAAAUCGCCCGCGACGAAAGUGUUUCCAGAGAGGGGACCCUGGGAUGAAAUGGCAAAUAUCUUGUAAAAGAGAGAAAAGAUCAAACAUGACAGAACUUGACUUAUCUGCGAAGCCAAAUGCGCCGCAGACAAAGAGCGUGCGUCAUGACGUGCCUGUUCUGCGCAAACACCACGAACAAGAUACCCAGGAGCUUGAGAUACUACUAUUAGCAUGGUCGCUUCUUUUAUAUCGUCACAAUCAUGGCAACCACGUCGAGUUCUCUUGGGGAUUGACCGAGAUCGGAUCUUCCACAUGUCAUACCUUCACACUCAACACAGCCAAGUUGCAAUGGGAUGGGAGCAACUCUGUCGCAUCGGAGCUCCAAGUGCUUAGAACAUAUAUACAGCAGCAAUUACCGUCAGAAGUAUCAUACACAAGGGAUAGCUACAAGUUCUUCUUCAAUGACGAGCCUGCGCAAGGUGGCUUGGUCAACCAAAUUACCCAAGAAGACGAUAUUUCAGUGAACUGGGGAAAUGUCCAAAUUCAAGCAACACUAGAAGAUGACGCUCUCUACCUUCGACCGACCUGGCGCGAACCUCUAGGCGCAGAGUUCCUCGCAAACCACCUCGCUCAAGCUUUUGUCGAAGUCCUCAACACAACCCUCGCCGACCCCGACGCAAUACUAUCCUCCGUUCUACCACUAGGAAAAUUGGAUAACUCAGUGAUAUGGAACUGGAAUAAAGAUCUUCCUCCGCCAGUGCCGGAGUGCAUUCACACAUUGAUCACCGAGCAAGUGAGAUUGCGACCCGAUGCCCAAGCCAUUUGCUCUUGGGAUGGCAACCUUACAUAUGCCGAGAUGGACAACCUGUCUACACUGCUCGCACACCACCUGAUUGAUCUCGGUGUCAAGAACGGUGAUAUUGUCCCCUUGUGCUUUGAGAAAUCUAGGUGGACGACAGUAGGUGUUAUGGGUGUCAUCAAGGCGGGUGCGGCUUUCGUGCUCAUGGAUCCGAGUCAGCCUAUUCAGCGACGACAGGUUAUGGCGCAGCAAGUAAAGGCGACACAUAUUCUCACUUCAAGAGACCAAGCGAAAUACGGAUCUGAGAUUGCGCCCGAGGCAAAGCAUGUCAUUGUUGAUACGGAAAAACUUGACUCACUCGCCAAAACCAUCGAGAAUCCUCUUCGAGAACUGCCUCAUGUGCCACCCGAAUCGCUUCUUUAUAUCAUCUUUACUUCUGGAAGUACAGGAACGCCAAAGGGAGUGAUGCUCUCUCAUGAGACGUACACUGCCAGUGCGCUUGCGCGAAGCACAGGAAUCGGAUACUCAAGUAUCUCGCGAUCGCUCGACUUUACCUCGUACGCCUUUGAUGUCAGCAUUGACAGUAUUCUAUGUACGCUCAUUCGCGGCGGAUGUCUUUGCAUUCCCACUGAUAUGGACCGUGUGAAUGAUUUGAGCGGCGCGAUCCGUCGUUUGAAGGUUAACAUGGUCAACAUCACACCUUCUGUCGCGCGCAUCCUGGACCCCGAUAUCAUCCCAUCAUUGAACAGUCUUGGUAUCGGUGGUGAGGCUUGCUCAGCUGGAGACAUUGCCAUUUGGGGUCAACAUACACGAAUUGUUAUCGGUUACGGUCCCGCUGAGUGUACCAUUGGAUGCACUGUCAACCCCAGCGCGGCAGGCAAGCCGUAUGUCAGCAUGGGUCCAGGUACUGGCGCAUGUAUCUGGCUGGUCGACCCUGACGACCACAACAAGCUUGUGCCGGUAGGUGCAGUUGGUGAACUGCUCAUUGAGGGUCCCAUCGUUGGUCAAGGUUAUCUUGGAGAUCCCGAGAAGACGAAAGAGGCUUUCAUUCAUGACCCGGACUUCCUCCUCGCCGGCGCAGAUGGUAUUCCCGGACGAAGUGGUCGCCUAUACAAGUCGGGAGACUUGGUCCGAUACGAUCCCGAUGGCGAAAACGGUUUCAUUUUUGUCGGUCGUAAGGAUACACAGAUCAAGCUUCGCGGACAGCGCGUGGAACUGGGCGAGAUUGAACACCACAUCAAGAACCUCCUUCCUCCAGGAGCCGAAGUUGUCGCUGAGAUCAUCGCGCCACGAAACCAGAACAAAGAGUCAAUGCUUGUGGCUUUUGUUGCGGACCGUGAAGCCAAAGAUGAGGGAGACUCUCGUCAUAUUGACUUCCCACCUCGUUUCCGCGAUGCCCUCGAAACACUGAAUGACAAGCUUUCCAAGGUCCUGCCUGUGUACAUGGUUCCUACUCAGUACAUCACACUCUCAAAGAUCCCGUACCUUGUGUCUGGUAAGACGGAUCGCAAGUCGCUGCGUGCUCUCGGCGCAGAGAUCUCCGCCAACAUGCAAGCCUCGGCGGCCGCAAAUGAGAGCUCAGAGAUUCGUGAGCCACAGUCCGAGGCUGAGCUGUUCCUGCGCGAUUCUUGGUGUCGCUUGCUUGGUCUUGAGAAUAAGCAAGUCAGCACUACACACAACUUCUUCACAUCAGGCGGUGACUCAGUCCUUGCAAUGAAGCUUGUUCCAAUUGUUCGCGACUGGGGUUACACGCUCUCUGUCGCCGACAUCUUCAACUACCCGGUCCUUUCCGACAUGGCUAAGUCUAUGCAAAAGGGCGACAACAGCCAGGGAAUUGAUAUGCAAAUUCCCGAGUUCUCUUUGCUCAAGGAUGACAUGGAUCGUGAAGCUUUGUGUGCUGAGGCUGCCGAGCAAUCUGGUUGCGAUGUCAGUGCGAUUGAGGACAUUUAUCCUUGUGCGCCCAUGCAAGAGAUUCACAUGGCCUUUUACACGAGAUCAAAGGAGAAUUAUGUUGCGCAACGAAUCGCAGACAUUCCUGCUACUAGCUCAAUCGACAAACUCAAGUCGGCUUGGAGUGUCGUUUACAAAGAGAGCCCAAUCCUUCGCACUCGUAUUGUUGAGUUUAAGCAACAUGGCUUCAUGCAAGUUGUUGUUAACGAGUCUCUACAGUGGGAGGAGGUUGACUCCAGUCUAGAGGAGUUCGUUGAGAAGGAUAAGAAGGAGCCCAUGUCACCUGGCGCACCUCUCUCGCGCUUUGCUAUCGUCACCGACAAGGCUCUCGACAAGCGUUACUUCGUGUGGACAGCCCACCAUGCUAUCUAUGACGGAUGGUCAACAGACCUCAUUGUCGAACAUGCAGGCGCUGCAUACAAGGGCGAAGAAGUGUCUCGGCCUGCCCAGUUCAAGCACUUCAUUCGCUAUCUCGCUGAAGACUCACGCAAGUCUUCCAAGGAUUACUGGAAGACUCAGCUUGCCGGAGCCACGGGGCCUCAGUUCCCAUCUCUUCCAUCACGUUCCUACAUCCCUGACCCUACGUCCUUGACUGAGCGAUUCAUCAAACUUGACAAGGCUGCCAAGUCGGACAUCACCAUCGCUACCGUCAUUCGUGCGGCUUGGGCUUUGCUAGCGUCUCAGUACUCUAUGAGCGACGAUGUUAUUUUUGGAGAGACCUUCAUGGGUAGAACCAUUCCUCUUCCUGGCGCUGAGUUGAUUGAAGGUCCCAUUCUGGCUACAGUCCCGGUCCGUAUUCGUCUUGACCGCACAACAACUGUUCAAGACUUCCUCCGAGCCGUACAAGAACAAAGCGUCAAACGCGCUGCUCAUGAGCACCUUGGUAUCCAACACAUCCGACGACUCAGCGAAGACGCCCAGAUUGCUUGUGAGGUCACCAUGGGUCUUGUCGUCCAGCCUCAAGAUCCUGAUCCUAUUGAGACUGAGAACGACACUCUUCCAUCAUUCCGAGGAGGCGACGCUGCUCUCGAAGCUCUGCACUUUAACUCAUAUCCUCUGAUGUUGGCUGUGUCUAUGCAAAAGACAGGUUUCCGACUUUUGGCAAGCUUUGACUCGGAGCUCUUGAGCCACGUGCAAGUCGAGCGCGUGCUGUCGCAAUUUGAAGUUGCUAUCAACCAGCUUCGCGGUGACAUGUCGCGCUCAUUGAACGAGCUGACAUGCUUGGGCGCGGAAGAGCUUGGUCAGAUUUGGGAAGCGAACAAGUACGCCCCUGUAUCUCCCAAGGAUAUCUCUAGAUUCCUGUCCACCGGCGACAAGUACCCUACUGUUCAAUAUAUCCCUUGGGUAGUUCAGCCUGGCAAUGACAAGCUUCUCAUGCCUUUGGGAAGCACUGGAGAACUCCUUCUUGAGGGCGCCGCUUUGGCGGGUGAUGAUGUUAUUGAUACUCCCGAAUGGCUCAAGGAGGGUGCAAUGGGAUACCCAGGACGACAGGGCAAGCUGUUCCGUACCGGAGAUCUCGUCAAGUACAGCGAUGACAUGAGCCUAGUAUUCAUCGGUCGGAAAGAUGCCAUGACUAGCGUAGAUGGACGUGUCGUAGACCUCAACGCUACCGAUCUUGAACUCAAGCGACUUCUGCCCAGCAACUGCAAGGCUGUCAGUAGACUUGUUGUUCCCAAGGGCUCUAGCAGCCAGACACCUGUGGUGGUUGCUUUCGUUCAAGAGACGCCCGCCAAGGAUGCCCAAUUGCUCAAGCUUGGUCUUGACAUCAGUGAUGCUUCACUGCCCUUGUCGCAGGCUGUUUCCGUUGAGCUUGCGACCGCCAUAAUCGGUCUUAACAAGGCCAUGGUUGAGACUCUGCCACCCUACGCAAUUCCCUCGAUCUGCAUUCCUCUUGAUAACUCUGCCAACAUCAGUUCAAUUGACAAUGUUGCCGAGAACAUUACUUUGUCGUUGGUAGUCGAGCUGCGCAAGUCUUUCGCGUCCCUCAAAAAGACCAUCGCGGAUACUACGGUCUUGACUACAAAAGAGCGCGUGCUUCGCGCGUCAUGGUCCAAAUUCCUUGGUAGUGAAGAAGAGAAGCUUGCGCUUGAUGACAACUUCUUCCGCCUGGGCGGUGACUCAAUUGUGGCCAUGCGCAUGGUCUCGGCUCUGCGACAAGAAGGCUACCGUCUCUCUGUAGCGAGUAUCUUCCAAAACAUGCAGCUUAGAGGCAUGGCUGACUCACUGGUUGAGAUCUCAACUGAGAGUGAAGAGUCAACUAAGAAGUAUACUACCUUCUCAUUACUCAACACGAAGGAUAUCGACGACUUCUUGAUAAAGGUUAUCCAGCCUCAAUUGGCCAAUCCAGAGUGGAAGAUCAAGGACGUUCUGCCUGCGACUGGACCUCAGGCUGGCGAUGUCAAGCAAUCCGUUUUCGCGCCACGAAGCUCCGUUCAAUACAACAUGCUCUACCUGGAUCAGUCAAUCGACACUGCCCGCCUCAUCGACAGCUUCCAGUACCUUGUUUCUCAGCAUGCUAUUCUUCGAACCGUAUUUGUUCAGAAUGAAGGACAGACUUUGCAGGUCGUGCUUGAUGACUUGAAGGUGCCUGUCACGGAACAAAGUGUUGGGGGUUCAAUUGACUCUGCCGCCAAGCAGCUCGCUGAAUCAGAUGUCAACAGCAGCACCGAUCUUACUCAUGGCUCUUCCUUCAUCCGCCUGUUUAUCCUUCGUGGUGAGACUGAGAAUGCCUUCGUCAUCCGAAUUUCUCACGCUCAAUACGACGGUGUUUCUCUACCUGAGCUCAUCCGCCAACUCGAGCUUCGGUACCGAGGUCUGGAGAUCCCAUCCUCGGAGCCUUUCGAGACCUACCUCCAGCAUCUUUCCACCGUCAAGCCUCAAAAUGUCGAGUUCUGGCGCAAAAACCUCCAAGGUUCCUCGUACACUGAGAUUGCUCCCGCUGCGGAUCCUCAGAAGAAGACGGCCUUUAUGACAAAGGAUGUGGACAUUUCUGGAGCCUCGCCUAACACUACACACGCAAUGUUGCUCACCGCGGGUUGGGCCAAGGUCCUGUCGCAGCACCUUGACGUGCCUGAUGUCACUUUCGGUGGCAUUGUGUCUGGUCGCGACAUCGAUGUCACCGGAAUUGACACCAUCAUGGGUCCCUGCUACCAAUACCAGCCUGUGCGAGUCAAGUUCGAACCUAACUGGACAGCAACAGACCUCUUGGACUCAGUACGAAGCCAGUCCCUCGAGGGAAGUCAGCGCGCCACGCUUAGCUUUCAGGAAAUACUCAAGGAAUGUACGGAUUGGCCAGCGGAAACUCCCUUCUACGGAUCCUUCACAAAUCACCUCAACAAAGAGUUCUUUGACUCAAUUCCUUUCGCGGGAACAAAGUGCCGCGUAGACUACUCAAUUCCUCAUCCCGAGCCUGCGACACCACCCCGUGUUGUGUCAUUCUCGGAGGAUGGCAGGACGCAGAUUGGCAUUGAAGCUGACGAAGAGCGUCGGGAAUUCUGGGAGGCUCGAUUGGGCGAGUUGGCUCAUGUUAUUGAGGGUUUCAUCAAGAAUCCUGAAGCAUUGAUCUAA